CACAAAAAAAAAAAAACCCAAGCUGUUGAAAUUUAAGCAGGGGAGGGAGCGGCAACGAGGCAGUGCCGGGGUCGCUGCUCUCCGCCGCAGCAGCCAGCGGGGCUGCCGGCGCCAGGCAGGGCGCCAGGCCGAGCCCGGGGACCCCGCCGGAGCGGGGCCGCCCCACUUUCCUCCCGGCGGCGGCAGGAGGCGCCGGCCCGGCCCGGCCCGGCCCGGUCCUCCGUGCACUUGGCUGACCAAGGCUGGCUUAGAAGGCUCUUCCCUCUUCCAAGAAAAUGGGGACUGACAGUGAAAACCCAGUCCUGAGGAACAUACUCAUCAGUUUCAACUUGCUUCUGCUGGGAGCUGUCCUCAAGCCUUUUGAGUGCCGGCUGGAGGUGACAACAGAGCUGGCCGAGAGGCCAGCAGUGGAUGAGGAGGGUGGCCUUGCCAACUGCAGCCCACCCAUCAAAGAGCAGCCCAUGGUCUUCCACCACAUCUACAACAUCAACAUCCCUGUGGACAGCUGCUGCUCAUCCAUGUUCAAGUCUUCAGCCGAGGAGGUGAGUUCAGAAGACGACCGGCUGGCAGAGUACACGGAGCAGACCUCCGACAGCGAGAGCCAGGUCACCUUCACCCACAGGAUAAACUUGCCCAAGCAGGCCUGCAAGUGCUCCACCUCCCUUCCGUCCCUGCAGGAGCUGCUGAGCAGGAUUGAGAUGCUGGAGAGGGAGGUCUCCAUGCUCCGGGACCAAUGCAACUCCAAUUGCUGCCAAGAAAAUGCAGCCACAGGGCAGCUGGACUACACCCCACAGUGCAGCGGCCAUGGGAACUUCAGCUUGGAGUCGUGCAGCUGCGUGUGCAUGGAGGGCUGGGCGGGCAGCAACUGCUCUGAGCCCCGCUGCCCUCGGGGCUGCUCCAGCCGUGGCGUCUGCCUGGAGGGCCAGUGCAUCUGCGACAACGACUACGGGGGCGAGGACUGCUCCCAGCUCCGCUGCCCCGCCGGCUGCGGCUCCCGCGGGCUCUGCGUGGAUGGCGAGUGCGUCUGUGAGGAGGGUUUCACCGGGGAGGAUUGCUCCCAGCUGCGGUGCCCCCGCGACUGCUCGGGGAAGGGCCACUGCGCUAACGGCACGUGCAUCUGCCGGGAGGGCUACGUCGGGGAGGACUGCGGGUGGCUGCACUGCCCCAACACCUGCAGCGGCCGUGGGGUCUGCCAGGACGGUCUCUGCAUCUGCGAGGAAGGCUACGAAGGGCAGGACUGCUCGGCAGUGGCUCCUCCUGAAAACCUGCGAGUGACAGGGAUCAGCGACAGCUCCAUCGAGCUGACGUGGGACAGCCCCGGGGUAGCCACCGAGUACGUCGUCUCAUACCAGCCAGUGGGGCCAGGGGGCACCCAGCUCCAGCAGCGGGUGCCUGGGGACUGGAGCAGCAUCACCAUCACAGAGCUGGAGCCCGGCGUUGCCUACAAUGUCAGCGUCUACGCAGUCAUCAGCGAUGUCUUGAGCAUCCCUGUUACCUCCAAAGUGAUGACCAACCUCGCCACACCACAGGGGCUGAAGUUCAAGACCAUCACAGAGACAACGGUGGAGGUGCAGUGGGAGCCCUUCUCCUUCCCCUUCGACGGCUGGGAGAUCAGCUUCAUCCCCAAGAAUAACGAGGGCGGUGUGAUCGCCCAGCUCCCCAGCACCGUCACCACCUUCAACCAGACGGGGCUGAAGCCAGGGGAAGAGUACACCGUCACUGUGGUGGCCCUGAAGGAACAAGCCAGGAGCCCUCCCACCUCCGACAGCAUCUCAACCCUCAUCGAUGGCCCAACACAGAUCCUGGUGCGGGACGUCUCCGACACAGUAGCCUUCGUGGAGUGGACACCGCCGCGCGCCAAGGUGGACGCCAUCCUGCUGAAGUACGGGCUGGCGGACGGGGAGGGCGGGAGGACCACCUUCCGCCUGCAGCCCCCCCUCAGCCAGUACUCCCUGCAGGCCCUGCGCCCCGGCGCCCGCUACCACCUCGCUGUCAGCGCCCUCCGGGGUGCCAACGAGAGCCGGCCAGCCCUCGCCCAGUUCACCACAGAGAUCGAUGCCCCCAAGAACCUGCGGGUGGGCUCACGGACGCCUGCCAGCCUUGAGCUCGCCUGGGACAACAGCGAGGCCGAGGCACACAGCUACAGGGUGGUCUACAGCACCCUGGCCGGGGAGCACUACCACGAAGUCCUGGUGCCACGUGACACCGGUCCCACCACCCGGGCCACCCUCGCAGAUCUGGUGCCAGGAACAGAGUACGGCAUCGGGAUUUCAGCCGUGAUGGACAGCCAGCAGAGCGUGCCGGCGACCAUGAAUGCCAGAACCGAGCUUGACAGCCCCCGGGACCUCCUGGUGACAGCGUCCACAGAGACAUCUAUCUCGCUGGCCUGGACCAAAGCCACGGGUCCCAUUGAUCACUACCGUGUCACCUUCACUCCUGCCUCUGGGAUGGCCUCUGAAGUGACAGUGCCCUGGGACAAGUCACAGAUCACCCUCUCGGAGCUGGAGCCCGGGACGGAGUACACCAUCUCCAUCAUUGCCGAGAGGGGACGCCAGCAGAGCCUGGAGGCCACUGUGGAUGCCUUCACAGGGGUCCGGCCCAUCACGCAGCUCCACUUCUCCCAGCUGACAUCCUCCAGUGUGAAUGUCACGUGGAGUGACCCAUCCCCACCAGCAGACCGCCUCAUCCUCACCUACAGCCCCCGGGACAAGGAGGAGGCACAGCAGGUCACACUCGAUGGCACCCGCAGGCAUGCCAGCCUGACGGGCUUGCAGCCAUCCACCGAGUACCUGGUGUCACUGGUGGCCAUGCAUGGUGCCAUCAGCUCCGAGCCUGUCAUGGGCUCCAUCACGACAGGGAUUGAUGCACCAAAGGACCUCAGGGUGGGCAACGUCACCCAGGAGUCCAUGAUGAUCUACUGGAGCCCUCCCAUUGCUGCCUUCGACCACUAUAGAAUGUCCUAUCGUGCUGCCGAAGGAAGGACAGACAGCACUGCCAUCACCAGCGAUGCCACCGAGUAUGCCCUCCGCUACCUGCAGCCUGCCACCAAGUACGAGAUUGGGGUGAAGAGUGUGCGGGGCCGGGAGGAGAGUGAGGUGGCCUCCAUCACCGUGCACACAGCCAUGGAUGCCCCCUUGGGGGUCACAGCCACCAAUGUCACCCCCACCGAGGCACUGCUGCAGUGGAACCCACCACUGUCGGAGGUGGAGAGCUACGUCCUCAUCCUCACCCGCCACGCAGUUGCAGGAGAAACAAUUCUCGUGGAUGGAGUCAAUCAGGAGUACCAGCUGACCAACCUCCUGCCCAGUACCACCUACACAGUCUCUAUGUAUGCCACCAAUGGGCCUCUCACCAGCCAGACCAUCAGCACCAACUUCACAACUCUUUUGGAUCCUCCAACAAAUCUGACUGCCAGUGAAGUCACUCGACGGAGCGCCCUGCUUUCCUGGGUGCCUCCUGUGGGAGCGAUCGAGAACUACGUCAUGACCUACAGAUCCACUGAUGGCAGCCGGAAGGAGCUGAUUGUGGAUGCUGACGACACAUGGAUCCGCCUGGAGGGACUUUCUGAGACCACAGAGUACACUGUGCGCCUACAAGCUGCCCAAAACGCCAUGCGGAGCGGCCUCGUCUCCACUACCUUCACUACAGGUGGACGUGUCUUUGCUAACCCUCAGGACUGUGCCCAGCACCUGAUGAAUGGAGACACGCUGAGUGGCGUCUACACCAUCUCCAUCAACGGGGACCUCAGCCAGCGGGUUCAGGUCUACUGUGACAUGACCACCGAUGGAGGCGGCUGGAUUGUCUUCCAGAGGCGGCAGAACGGGCUGACUGAUUUCUUCCGGAAAUGGGCAGAUUACCGGGUUGGGUUCGGAAACUUGGAGGAUGAGUUUUGGCUGGGCUUGGACAACAUCCACAAGAUCACGUCCCAAGGGCGCUACGAGUUGCGAAUAGACAUGAGGGAUGGCCAGGAAGCGGCGUAUGCCUACUACGACAAGUUCUCCAUCGGCGACUCCCGGAGCCUGUACAAGCUGCGAGUUGGGGACUACAAUGGCACUUCAGGGGACUCCCUCACCUAUCACCAGGGCCGCCCCUUCUCCACCAAGGACAGGGACAACGAUGUCGCUGUGACCAAUUGCGCCAUGUCCUACAAAGGGGCCUGGUGGUAUAAGAACUGCCACCGCACCAACCUCAAUGGCAAGUACGGAGAGUCCCGGCACAGUCAGGGGAUUAACUGGUACCAUUGGAAAGGCCACGAGUUCUCCAUCCCCUUCGUGGAAAUGAAGAUGCGACCUUACAACCACCGUAACAUCUCUGGGAGGAAGCGACGGUCCCUACAGCUCUGAGCCAGCUGAACCCCCUCCUGCCUCCCACCACGUGACCUUUUCUGUCAUUUGUUUGUAUUUUAUAAUAUGAAAAGGGAAAAAAAAAAAAUUACUACUCGUCUGAGAUAGCAACCCGCCCCUCACAAGUGCUAGAGGCAACCAUGGCACAAGCAAAGGCCGUGGGAAAGGAAAGACCUCAUUGCUUUGCAUCUGUCCCAGAGAAAUACCAAAUUUCCAAUCUCCCUACCCCAAUACUCUGGCCCUUAACAUGAGAAGAAAGAGAGGGAGACAGACAGAUUUUUUGAUAUUUUUUUAAAAUAUGUAGAAAUCCCCAGCAAACCCUGUUAGAAAUGUUUGCCAUGGGGCUUGUGGCAGAACCCUUCCCCACAGGGACCUUGGUGUGGCCACCUGCACCCCAGUCAUGGCCAGGGACACCUGUCCUCUCCCUGUCUCCCUGUCCCCUGCCGGCAGGGAGGUCCCAAGCUUCAUGCCAUCUUGUAGACACCAACUCUUCCAGCAGACAGAGGCCCAUCUUUCCUUCUGGCCUGGUCAUCCCUCCCCUACACAGAGGCACUGUAUGCAUGGAGACAAAGCGAGGAUGAGCAAACACAAGGCUCAUCCCAUCCCCAGUUUUCACAGAUCACACCAGGAGGGCUUGGCAAAUAUCUGCAUAUGUAGGCAAAACCUAGAGAGCCCACAGCUCACGUGUUGGCCCCAGCACAGCCAAAGUCAUCCUCGUGUCCACGGGGUGUAGGGGAACAAGAGCUGCUCCACCAGCCCCAACCUGCAUCAGCCACUCCUCCAAGCUGAACUCAUCCCCCUCCAAGUGCAUGACAUCUGCUUCGGUUAUGCUGAGCUUGAUGGAGAAGAAAGGAGUCAAAUUAGAUGACCUGGGAGCAAAAUCACUACUUGCGGUCUUGAAGUCUAGGAGCAGCAACCAAAAGACCUAUCACGCAACCACAGCCCAGCCUGAAGCCGGCAGGUGGCACAGCCCAGGUGCUCUUGUUCAGGGACCUCCAUGCACCUGGGGAAGGAUGAUGACACAGCCAAGGGAAGAAAAGCGCAAGCUGAGAAAUGACCAUUCCCUUCCUUCUCCUACACUAUCCCUCUUUACCACCAUUGCAAGAGGGACACAAAUCUCAGUGCCUUGGUAUGACCAUCUCUCUAAUGGGAAAUCAACUGUUUCCCCUCCUGGAAGGGAGGCUUAGUCCAUUCAGAUUUUGGAGCACUUCAAGACCGUUGGAAGAAUAGAGGAGCUCGCUCUUCCCAUCCUUAACUUCUCCUAUCUUAAGGAAUAUGGACCCUUCAGAUAACAGUGGCUGCGCUCUGUUGUCAUUGACACCACCUCCACGUAGCCCAAACAACCACCAUGCUGGAGUCAUUCCUCUGCCGAGGGCUCUGAUCAAUGCUGGGCAUUGUCACUGACCUGGUGCCGGAGAAGGCACUCAUCUCCGUGCUCAAGGACAAUGCAGCUCAUCACUGGGUUUGCAGCCAAGAGAGCAUUACAAAUGCUAAACGCUGCUUUUUGAUUUGAUCACACUGAAGCUGCUUUGUCUCAAGAAACAACUUCCAGAUGGCAAUAUAAAGGCAUCUUUGCAGUAGCUUAUAAUUCAGGCCAGUGUCUCUUUCAUGGUCAUGCUCCUGGAUUUUCUGACGUUACUCACCACGACUGCAGAGCUGAAAAAGGGCGUUAAGUGGGAAAUGCAGCGUCCUUGUCCAUGCCAUGUACUGGCACACAAAAUCACAGCUAACACCAAGGUCAGGAUUAGAUACAGGAUGCAUUCCUUCAAGUGGUCAGCUUACAAGCUGCUAGCUCAGCAACAUCUCGUAUGUAAAUGAGGCAACUUUUCUCACUUCCCAUCAGCAACAAAUCAGGCAACAAGUCAACCAGUUGAGGAACAGAUCAGUCAGAGAGGCUGCAGAUGAUGGGAUCUCUCGCAGGACACGGCCAGUGUCACAGGUGGCAGCAUGUCACGCCUCCCGAGCAACCUGCCCCAUUUUAGGCCCCAAAAGCCCACAAGAAGCAGCAGAUAGAACUGAUUAAAACCUAAGAAGCCUCCUAGUAGACCAGCAUAGUAAUAUUUUUCCCAACAUCACCAAGAGUUUAUAGGCAAGAAGUGUCCUCACAAAAGCACUAUACUGCAGUGGUUAUAACUAGGAGCAGAGAUUGGCAGUGGAUGGCAUUCAUCGCCUACCUCAGGUGGUGCUCUUUGCUUAUCUACCCAGGUGAAAGGAAGAGAUGUCAGUGGAAACAUGAGAGCUCAUCACUUACAAUCAAGUGGAAGGCAAGAAACCUCUUUUUUCAAAAGUACAAGUCAAACAGAAAAUCAAAACAGGCCAAGCUUUUCCAGGAGGUUCAAAAGAAGAUCCUCAAAAAGGCUGAUUAUUCUCUAAAUAGAUUUACUGACGUAUAUCUCUCGCUCCCUGCUCAUGUCUGUUAUCCCUUUUACAAGUCCUGUAACUGGGAUGGGAGGGCCCAGUUGACACAACUCCAUCAUUGAGUCUGAAAGACACCCUUGGAGAUAAUAUCCAACCUUCCGGUGCCAUUAUAUACCAAUGCUGGUCCCUAAUCUCACGCAUGGUACCAGGGUGUUGCCUUUCCAUUACCAUGGUUAAACGCAGUUGCUAAAAAUCUUUUAAAGGAAAGACUGCUACACGUCAUGGGUUUCUCCUGAUGAUAACCUAACCCAAGCCUAGGCACACAAUCAGCAACAACGACCCGAACAUUUGGGCCAUUGUCCCUUGUUCACAUUGUCCAUAUACAAGAUACAAUCUUCCAGAAAUUUAUUUUUCAUCAUUACCUGAUGAAUUUUUUUUUGGAUGAAGCUCCUGCCAGUGGUUUCAAGCAAAUUUGUGCUUAAUGUUGAUGCUACAGAAUUGCCAGGUGAUUAAGUACAGUCUCUCUUCACCCUCCAUCAAUGGUUGGGCAAGCCCUUUUUCUGAAUUCAUUCUCCAACCAGACCAAGUUUGGCCCUGUCCCCCAUCAGCACAGCAUUAAGACUGAAUGAAGUCUUGGCAACAAGCCUGAAAUUCCCAGAAACCAAGCCUGGUUCCUGUGCAGUGCUCAUCUCAAGAGACCUUGGCUCUAGCACGUGAACCAUUGCCGGGGUCUGGUGGGUCCUCUGCCAUCCAGCCCAUAUGACCCAGGCUUGGCCCAGAGCCCAAAAAGGAACCUGAAGAUGUUACCCAAACCACACUACCCACUGCGAGAUGCCAACUCCCAUAACAUCAAGCAGGAAGAAGCACAUUAGGUCCUUCACCCAGCAGAGCACCACGCAUGCCCAGGACCCUCUCAGCCUUUCAAAGCUGCCUCUUAUUUCUAACCCCCAAAUCCUGGAACAAAACACCAAGGGACUUUCUCAUCUCUUGCCCAAUUUUAAUUUCCCUCUGUUUCCAUUCCUGCCAGACCUCCAAGCCCACCUUCCCACUACACACUGCACUAAAACAUAACCAAAGAAAAACAAAGCCCUAAAAGGAAAAGCUGCUUUUAGUAAAGUGAUCCUUAAGACAGCAUUUAUAAACGAAUAAUUUGGGGAAGGAGAGAGGCCAGGCCCUCCCCAAAGGUAGCUGGGUUUUGGGAGACAGAUGCUGGAAGAGUAUCCACACAAAGGCUGCGGAGAAGCUUUUGUUUCUACUCCUUAUCUUUGCAUUACUUUACCAUGAGCAUCUCAAAGCAUAGUACCAGCCUAAACGCACUCUUGCCCCAACCUCUUACCUCCUUCCCAAAGUGAUGCUUACCCCAGGUGAAGCAUCAGGGUGUGGAAAGCACGGCUCACACCACCUUCAUCCCCAGUGGUGCAGCAGGCGAGAGGGCUCAGGCAGUGGUGUCCCCACGCUGGAGUGGCCCUGUGCCUGCGACAGGCUUAGAGUGACCUGCUAAAAUACAGCAGGAGCCAAAAUACCCAGCUGGUGCAUCGCCUCUGUGCCAGCACGUGCCCUUCAUCCAGAGUCAGAGCCACCCUCCUGGUACAUCCCCACCAUCGCACCCUGGGCUCACGACACACCCCCUGCCCUGUGCCUCCCCAGCAAUGCCCACAAGCUUUGACCUUACCAGACACUGCCAGCAAAGAGCUCUUACCCCCAAAAAAACUUUAAUUCAUGCUUACACCCACUAAUGAAGCUCUCUGUCCAGGGCCAAGCAAGAAGCCCAUCCCUGUUUCUGCCAACCUAGCACCCCAGUACGGCCAUCAAACCCAACCAAGCCACUUGGGGACCACUGGUACCCUGCAGGGUCACCUUCCCCCUUCCUUAAACCUGAUGGUGCCCAGAUGGUGGUGGCAGCUGCUUGCUGCAGGAGGUUUGGGGUAAGGGGGAGGGAAAGGCUCUUCCCUGGGGAGAUGCUGAUGCCCAGACCCACCUCGGUACCCAGCCUGCAGGUCUCCAGGUGCCAGUGGUUUCUCAGAAGGAUGGUGACACGAAGACCUAACAAACAAACAAGCAGCCCCCUGUGUACAGGUGUUACCCUGGAAUUGUGUUUAUUACUUUAAAAAAAAUUAAAAACCAUAAAUAAGAAGGAAGAACAGAGGCAACGAAUCCCUUGGACAGGUUCUGAUGAACUCAAACACAAACCAACGCAACCAAACGAGCGGGAAGGUAAAAGCAAAUAAAUGCAUAGAUAAAAUAAAUAAUAUAAAUAAAUAAUAUAUUAAACAACCCUCCCCACCCCAUAAUGAAAACGUAGCUCAGAGAAUGGGAUCGACGCUUGUUAACCAUUGUUAACUAGUAUUUUUAGUCCUGACCGCUCUUAGGCUAUGUAUAGUUCCUUUUUUUAAUGCAUUUUCUAUACAUUAAUAAAAGAUACCGAAGGAG